AAAAUUACUGCUGUCAAGUUGUGUCUGUCUUGAAUUUUCUGUCUGAAGCAAUUAUCUUUCUGUCAGACAAACGUUCUUAUACUGGGGAGUUUUGACUUUUUGUCGGAGUUGCGUAGUGUCUGUGUAACGCAAUUGUGCAUUCUCCGCUAAUAUCAGAAUCCAUAUUUUUGCUAAAGAGAGCUGAAAUUGAAAUUCUGCAAUUUUGUAAUUACACCAUUAUCUCCUGCUAUUUGAAGCCGGUUCUGACGCUGCUGUUAGGUAAUAUUGACUCGGCUGACAUUGAUAUUGGUUUCUAGUUGUUUUAUCGCUUCUGCCGUUGGCUCUGUGCGAUUUUCUAUCAUUGGCUGGAUUGGCUAGAUUAGCCCUAACUAAGUUCAGAAGUUCCAGAGUUUUUUGGCUGGUAUUUCGUUUCCAUUUCGUGUCUAUUGUAAUUCGUAGUAGCUCAAAUGUUUGACAAGCUGUUACUAACUCCGUGUCCAGUUCUCCGUCCCUCGGAAGAAGAAUUUGGUGAUCCCAUCGGAUACCUCUCUCGGAAGGACAUAAGUGCACUUGGUGCUGAGUAUGGUAUUGUCAAAAUUGUGCCUCCAGACUCGUGGAAGCCCCCAUUUAUGAUUUCUGAUGACUUUCGUUUCCACACAAGACUCCAGAAGCUCAGCGACUUGGGUUUGUCGACUCGGUGCCGCAAGUUCUUUCGAGACAAUAUCAAUCGGUUUAUGAAAAUGCGUAGAAAGCGACCCUUGCGAUUGUACUUCCGGGCCAUCGAUCCUUUGGUUCCGACUAGAUUUAUCAAGGUCUACUACUACGAUCUUUAUGUAGCAGUAGACAACCAUGGGGGCUACGACAAGAUGACGUCCGAGUCGUGGAGUAAAGUGAAUAGCCAGUUUGGAGUCGCUGCUGACUCAAAUCGCAUACGAGACGUAUACGAAGCCAACUUGCUUCCCUAUGCGAGCUAUAUAGAUCAUAACAACUUCAACUACCAUUUCCCUCAGAGCGAUCUGGAAGACGAGUUUGACAAUUGCUUAAUCUGUGGGAAACACGACAGACCCUCUAGAACUUUGCUCUGCGACAAUUGCGACAACCCUUAUCAUAUGGACUGUCUACCUACUCCGCUAGAUGACAUCCCAAAUGGCAAUUGGUACUGCGACAAGUGUGUCAUCGGAACUGGUGAGUAUGGCUUUGAAGAAGAGGUCGAUGUUAAAUACACCAUCGAUGAGUUCGAGAACGAGUGCGAGCAGUUCAAGCAGGAGUUUGAGGAAAAGUAUAACCGUGGAGAGCCUCUAACUGUGGAUACCAUCGAAAAGCGGUUCUGGGACUUUGUAGAAGCGCAGAACUCAGAAAUACAAGUCAAGUACGGAGCGGACAUUCACAACUUGGUGCCUGGUCAGAUCAGUGGAUUCCCUAUGGAAAAUACUCCGGGUAUUAAUGCUAAGGACCUGGAGUCCCAGAAUUAUAUCAACCAUCCUUUCAAUCUUACAAGACUUCCAUUUGCAAAAGGGUCGUUGCUUAACUACAUUAACACGAGCAUUUCUGGAAUGACGGUACCCUGGAUCUACGUUGGCUCUUUACUCUCGACUUUCUGCUGGCAUGUAGAAGACCAUUACACUCUUUCUGCUAACUACUGUCAUAUGGGAGCCACUAAGAAAUGGUACGGUAUCCCAUCGUCACAAGCGAAUCAGUUCGAGAAAUUGAUGAGAGAGUCAGCUCCAGAUUUGUUCAAGCGUCAGCCGGACUUGUUGCACCAACUUGUGACUUUGAUGUCGCCCAUGAAGCUAGUGGAAAAUGGGAUCCGUUGUGUUUACGCUGAUCAGAAUCCGCGAGAAAUGGUGAUAACUUAUCCUAGAGUGUAUCAUGCUGGUUUCAACUGUGGAUUCAACUUCAACGAAGCUGUCAACUUCACCAUGAACUGCUGGCUUGAAUUCGGUGAAAGAUCUAUCAACGAUUACCUGUUGAUCGGCAAAGAAAAUGUGUUUAAUCACUACAAGUUGAUUGAAAACAUCCUCAAGGCUUUCAACAAACAAAGAGGAAGCAUCAGUCGAGAAGAAAUUGACGUAGUCAAACGAAGCUUGCUAAGUUUCGAGUCCUAUAUACUCAAGCAGAAUGACCUUCUUUCACAAAUCGACAAAACAAAGCUUGUCCAGGAGUACAUCCCCAAGAAGUUUUCACCAAGAAAGUUUGAAGAAGAACAGGCUGGUAUUUAUUCCACUGAUGGUGAUGAUGAAGAGGACUUGUGUGAUUUGUGUAAAACCCAUCUUUCGUAUCAGUAUUGCAUCGUCAACAAUAGGAACCAUAAUGUUCCUACUGUUGCUGCUACUAGUUCUCCUUCCAUUGCGCCAGCAUCCACUACUGUUAUAAAGCAAGAGCCUACAGAGAUCAGAAGAAUUACAAUUCAACAGCUUCUCACACCAGAUUCGUCGCCGUAUGAAUCAAAGAAAACGUUUGAAGAACUGACUGUAGAUGUCGGCAAAUUGGCUACUUCAGAAGCUGCUCUCAGUAUGUCGAAGUUGAAUGAAACAAAGACGGCAGAGACAGGUGAUGAUGAAGACGACGAAUCAAAGUUAUGCAUGAUGGAACAAUUCGACGAAUUGAUAAAUAACGCAAAGAGAGCAGCUUCGGAAGAAUUACAAAAUACGGAGUCUGGUCAAAAGAGACGGCACUCUCGUCGUUUACAGGAACUACCAAAGGUUCAAGAAAUAAAGAAAGAGAAAGAAGGUGUCCAGACAGUUGCUAAACGUCGUUCCUCUAGGCCAACUGGGAAAAUGACUGGGAAAAUGAUGGCUGUGCAACAACGUUCAGAAAUCAAGCAGUUGAACGAAAAGGACACCAUCAGGCUAUGCUUAUCGUGCUUUAUUAAGACAUACGAAAAUAGCGAUGGAAAGGUACCAGUUCCUGAGGAAUCCAUUCUUCAUUUUGAGAGUUAUCCUUCGCAAUUGAAAGAAUUGGUGAAGCUGACAAAGAGAAAUAUCAACGAAUUGUUCUUGUGAUUUAGUAUUUAGUGAAUAAAAUAGAGUCCAAUGAGAA